GCAACUGCAGCAGCCUGUCAGGAGGAAAGAGGGAGAGAAGGAGACGGAGGGAAGGAAGAGGAGGCUGCAGGACUGCCUUAGAGGAAGCAUUUUUGAUGUGUUUUGCACAAGAAAAAGGGACUGAUACGGAAGCCGUUUUCUCCCUUUGCUGAUGCUUUUCUAUAUGGUCUCAUGCAGGAGGCAUGCUUGGAAAUAGUGUGAAAGGCAGAGAAGGAGAUUUGAAGAUGGAAAGGACGGAUAGCACAAAGGCAUACGGCCAAGCAGAUGGCAAAGGAGUUGGUAUGGCAGCUAAGAGAGCCAAGUCUGGAGUGCCCCAGAGCACACAGAGAGGGGAGCUGAAGGUGUACCGGGCGGGGAGCUCUGAGGGCAGGCUGCCUGUGCCCUCCAAUCUCCGUAAGCAGAGAUCUAUGACAAACCUGGCUGUGCUCACUGACGCUGAGAAGAAGUUGCACCUUUAUGAGCCCAAGUGGUGCGAUGACAUGGCCAAGCCCGGAGCUGGGCAGACCAAGACAGGCAAGCCAAAGACAGCAGGAGGUGGCAGCAGUGCCGGAGGGGGUGCCCCGCUUUCCCGAAACCUUUCCAAAUCUGAACACUCGCUGUUCCAGGGCAAACCCAAGCCCUUCAGCCCUCUGGCUGCUCCAUCUGCUCUGGGCAAGCAGAGCCGCAUACCUCGUGCUCCUUUCGCUGAGGUGAAGCCCCUGAGCAAGGCGCCUGAGGAUGGCAAGUCAGACGACGAGAUCCUCUCCAGCAAGGCCAAGGCUAAGAAGCAGGGCGCCGGAGCCGGAGGGGAGUCCGGCUCCAAAGGGCAGGGGGAGGAAGGGGCAGACAAGCCCUUCCUGAAGGUGGACCCAGAGCUGGUGGUGACAGUGCUGGGCGACCUGGAGCAGCUGCUCUUCAGUCAGAUGUUAGACCCUGAGUCUCAGAGGAAGCGGACGGUGCAGAACGUCCUUGACCUUCGCCAGAAUUUGGAGGAUACAAUGUCCAGUCUGCGCGGCUCCCAGCUUAGCCAUAGCUGCAUUGACAGCAGCAACGUGGGCUACGACAGUGAUGAGACCAACGCUCGCAGCAUAUCCAGCCUGUCAAACCGCUCAUCGCCUCUCUCCUGGCGCCACGGCCAGUCCAGCCCUCGUCUUCAAGCUGGCGAUGCCCCGUCCUCCACAGGCGGAGGGUACCAGGGGAGUAAGAGCAGCUCCCAGUACACGGCCCACACGAUGCCGGCUCGCUGCUCCAGCCGCCUCAGCAGCACGUCUCGCAUCGAGCUCAUCGAAGGGCUGGACGAUCCCGACCUCAAGUCCGGUUACCUGAGUGACAGCGACCUUCAAGGAAAGAGCCUGCCGGAUGACGACGACGACAACCUGGCUAACGGUUGGGAUGAGAGCAGCUCCAUCAGCAGUGGGCUCAGCGACGGUGACGGCGAUGGCUCGGAGAACCUCAGCUCAGAGGAGUUCAACGUCAGCUCCUCCCUUAACUCCCUCCCGAGCACACCCCUGGGAUCCAGACGCAACUCCUCUGCUAUGCUCCGCACUGAUGCAGAGAAGCGCUCCCUGGUGGAAAGUGGCCUCUCUUGGUACAGCGAGGACAGCAAAGCUGGACACAAGCUCGACAGUUGCAGCUACGACACGGGGAGCCUAAAGACAGAAGCCCCGAGCAAGUGGAGGAAGAAGCCGCCGAGCCUGAGUGAAGACUCAGGGUGUAAAAGUGAACUGAAGAAGCCGCAGAGCUUAGGUCAACCCGGAAGUUUCAAGAAGGGUCGUAAUCCUCCUGUAGGUGUGACCUCACCCAUCACCCAUACAUCUCAGAGCGCGCUGAAAGUUGCAGCACCUAAAAGUGAGAAGCCACUGGAUAAAUCCAAGAUUUCCCUCAGAACUGCUGGUCUGCAGCGUUCUCGUUCGGAUGCCGGCAGGGAUCAUCAUGGCGAGCACCGUAAGCCCCCGUCAGGAUUGGUUAAACCCACAGCUGGAGCCUCCUUUGGCUACAAGAAACCACCAACAGCCACCGGUACCGCCACAGUUAUGACAGCAGGGGGCGCCACCAUCUCCAGUGGCUCUGCUACUGUGGGGAAAACCCCCAAGUCAUCCGGCAUCCCUGUGAAGCCUGUGGGAGGAGGAGUGCCCACAGGUCGAAAGAACAGUUUCGAUGCCAGCAGCGAGCAGAGCUUCUUGGGGCCAAACGCCCGAAACAGCAUUCAGUACCGCAGCCUGCCUCGACCGGCCAAGUCGAGCACGCUCAGCGUGAUCGGCCGCCCUGCUCCUCGACCUGUCAGCGGCACCAUUGACCCCAGUCUGUUGAGCUUGAAACCUGUGCCCAUCGCCACCACAGGCCCCAGGAUUAAAGAGCCUGGGAGCUGUGGCAGUAAGAUGUCCACUCGAACGAGCACGGGCCCCGUGAACAUGACGGACAGAGAGAAGGAGAAGGAGAGAGCCAAGGCCAAGGCUGUGGGUGCUGACAUAGAUUGUGGUUCUCUGAAGGGAGAGGAGAGUCAGUCCACAGGAGAGUCCACUGUGAAGCUGCACGGCCUGAGACGGACCAGCAGCAGCAAAUACCCUGAACUGUCAUCACCCACCACACCCAGAAUGUUGAACACUAAGUCCCUGGGCCGUCCACCCAGCUUGGCUCACCUGGACAAGGUCAACUCCAACAGCCUCGACUCCUGUGUGACCAUCCACGACCUCCCGCCCAAAGUCCCUCCAUAUUCCAAGCUGCAGGACCUGGCUGGUUCACACACCUCCUCCCGCCUCACCCCCAGCCCGGCGCCUGUGCUCCACAUUGAUUCCCCCGGCUCUUACACCAGUGAAAGCCUGAGUCUGAGCGGGUCCCCGCUGCUCUACCCCAAGCUGUCUGGCAUGCACCGCAGCAUGGAGUCGCUGCCCCUCCAGAUGAGCGUGCCCUCCAGUGCCAGGUUUGUCAGAACUGAAGUGCACGACAAGGAAGAGAGGGGCGCGGGAACCUGGGGAGCCGGAAGCAGGACAUCCCUCAACCUCACAGAUAGCUUGCAGACUGACAGAAAUACUUUGCCGAAGAAAGGCUUGGAACGCUACGGCUCAAGCCUGUCAGAGAGCGACGGCAAACCGGGAAGGCGCCACUCCCACACCAUAGUCAGCAUGACAGAGAGCGAUAGCCCCCCUCAGCUGCCUUCUCCCACCCGCCCUCUCCUCCCCUCCUCCGGCAAGGCUCCUCUCACCAAUGUGGUUGCCCCAAUUUCCAGUGGCACCCCGAGGAUAUCGCGCUCCAACAGCAUCGGCCCCCCCAGUGAGUCAGCCAGCGAUCUCUAUGGAUCCUCCCCCCUGGGCAGCAGUAUGUCCCUGUCUGAGCGGCCAAAGAGCAUGAUGCGGUGCGGGUCUUUCCGUGAACCAGGGGGUGAUGAUGUGCAUGGCUCUGUGCUCUCAUUGGCGUCCAACGCUUCAUCCAACUAUUCCUCGAAUGAGGAAAGGAUACAAGGGGAGCAAAUCCGCAAGUUAAGGCGAGAGUUGGAGUCUUCCCAGGAAAAGGUUGCAGACUUGACCAUGCAGCUUAGUGCCAAUCUAGGCCAGGCUAAUCUGGUGGCAGCGUUUGAGCAGAGUUUGGCGCUGAUGACGGCACGCCUGCAGACCCUGUCGGUCUCCUCGGAGCAAAAGGACUCUGAGCUCACAGAGCUGAAGGAUACCAUCGAGGCUCUGAGAGCCAAAAACACAGAGGCCCAAGAAAUCAUUCACGGGGCUCUCAGUAAUCAAGACAUCGCACCUAAAGAAAUGGUGAUCAAUCGGCAGAACUCCUCAGAAAGCAUCUCCAGUCUGGCCAGCACAACCAGCCACUCCAGUCUGGGCAGUCUCAAAGAGCAGGAGGCCAAGAAGAAGAAGAAGAAGAGCUGGGUCUUUGAGCUGCGCAGCUCCUUCAACAAGGCCUUUAGCAAGAAGGGCUCCAAGCCCUCUGGUCCGUAUGCUGACAUUGAGGAAAUUUCCACCCCAGAAUCCUCUGCACCUUCAUCCCCCAAAGUCCACCAUGUUGGAGGCAGCGCUCCAUCGUCCAUGAAAUCCUCGCUCUCUGCAUCAUCAUCAGGGCUCUGUGAAGGAGGUGAGGAGGGAGACGAUAAGGUUGUAACAGAGCUGCGUACAGAGCUGUGGGAGAAGGAGCGCAAACUGACAGACAUCCGCCUGGAGGCUCUCAGCUCUGCCCACCAGCUGGAGCAGCUGCAGGAGGCCAUGAUCAACAUGCAGUCGACAGUGGAGAACCUGAAGGCUGAGAAUGACCAACUGAAGACAAGCGGUCUGUCCCCCUGUCCAUCUCCUGGACCAUCCAGCUCCGUCUCCCAGUCCUCAGGUCUCACCGCUCUGGGGAGUUCAUCACCUCGACAGUCCGUAGCCAUGCACAUGCCCAAAAGUUACAGCAGAGGGCUGAGCGACGGGGGCAGCUCAGACAUCCACUCUGCAGAUUCUCUCAGUCUUUCCUCACAGAGAGAUGAUCAUCGUGUCAGGGUGGUGAUUUGUGUUGCAGAUUUACAUGUCUUCAAAGAUGAGGUUAAACAGCAGGAUUUCUUCAUCGGCACCGUCAGGGUGAAUGGCAGGAUGGACUGGCCCAUGCUGGACUCAGCUGUGAGCCAGGCUUUCAAGGUGUACAUAGCCAAGGUGGACCCCACUUCCAGUCUGGGCCUGUCUACAGACUCCAUCUACAGUUACAGCAUGGGUCACAUUAGGAGAGUGCUGGGAGGAGAAGCUCCGGAGACGCAGCCCUCUCGCUGCAUGUCCCGAGGCCCCACUGGCAUCACAGUGGCCCUGAAAGGUUUGAAGGAGAAGUGUGUCGACAGCCUGGUAUUCGAAACCCUCAUUCCCAAACCCAUGAUGCAGCACUACAUCAGUCUGCUGCUCAAACACCGCCGUCUCAUCCUGUCUGGACCGAGCGGGACGGGUAAGAGCUACCUCGCUUCCCGGCUUGCUGAGUAUCUGGUUGACCGCAGCGCCCGCGAAGUCACCAACGGCAUCGUGGUGACUUUCAACAUGCACCGCCAGUCAUGCAAGGAUCUGCAGCUUUAUCUGUCCAACUUGGCCAAUCAAAUCGAUCGGGAAACCAGCACGUCAGAGAUACCGCUGGUCGUUAUUCUCGAUGAUAUUCAUGACCCUGUGUCCAUCAGUGAGCUGGUCAACGGUGCUCUCACCUGCAAAUAUCACAAAUGUCCUUAUAUUAUUGGAACCAGCAAUCAGCCGGUGAAGAUGAUAGCGAACCACGGCCUCCAUCUCAGCUUCAGGAUGGUGACCUUCUCCAACAAUGUGGAGCCAGCCAACGGUUUCUUGGUGCGCUACCUGCACAGGAAGCUGAUGGAGUCGGAGGAUGAGAGAAGCUUGACCAACGAGGACCUGAUCAGGGUGUUAGACUGGUUGCCCAAACUGUGGUAUCAUCUGCACGCCUUCCUGGAAAAACACAGCACGUCAGACUUCCUCAUCGGCCCGUGCUUUUUCCUGUCCUGUCCAGUCACGGUGGAUGAGUUUCGGUCGUGGUUCAUUGACCUGUGGAACCACUCUAUUAUUCCUUAUCUGCAAGAGGGGGCCAAGGACGGCAUCAAGGUCCACGGCCAGAAGGCGGUCUGGGAGGACCCUGUGGAGUGGGUGAGGGGCACCCUGCCUUGGCCGUCUGCCCAGCAGGACCAGGCAAAACUGUUCCACCUGCCUCCCCCCAGCAUCGGCUCCAGCAGCCCCGGUCAGGCCUGCGAGGAGCGUCCUCACAAGGAGACUCCGCCCAGCUCCAUGGAAUCUGAUCCACUGAUGGCAAUGCUUUUGAAACUUCAAGAGGCUGCCAAUUACAUUGAAUCCCCAGACAAAGAAGAUCCUAGCCUGCCCAAACUUUGAACACAGAACUUACACUCAACACUUAGCACUUCAAAUUUUACAUUUUUACGUCGGCUGUAAUGACACAGUGCACAUUCAGGAACUCAUGAACCCUCGGAUAUGGUUGAUUUCAUUCCCACAGUAGGUUAAAAAAUAUAACAAGGUAAUUACAAAUCAUUUUAUUACAUACAGUAUUUUCAAAAGACUGUUGACCAGUAUUAAAUGAAAAGCUAUAUUCUGUUACGUUGACUGGACGACUAUCACGUCUGUUCAGAUCCCUUUACCACCACGUUAGCCCUCAGUAACAUUGGUGCUAAGAGAUCACUAUGAAACUCAUCAUCUCAGCACUUAGACUUCAGGUGAUUUCUGCAACAGCGCACUUAGUCCUUCCUGUGUUGUGCCCCAGUGCAUCAUGGGAUGCAGAGUGCUCAUCAACAGGAGCCAUUCUCAAUUUUGGUGACUCGUUUUGGAAAAGAGUAUGACAGCAUGAAAGAUGCUACUUUUUUACUGCAAAGUUCUUCGGUACAUAUCUACUGUAUAAGUCUUUGAAGGCCAAUCUUAUACAUAUGCAAUCCUGAACUUUACAACCUGAGCAGGUGAAACGAUUAAAAUGCCUUAAGGACAAAGACGUCAUCGUCACUUCGACUUCAGCAGAGUUCACUGGUGCUUUCAUCGAUAUCAUCCAGGAAUCAGUUUUUCCUUCAACUCUUCACGUCAUUUAUUUCAAUUCAUGUUUGGUUUUUUUCAAUAUCAAAUUAUAAAAUAUUACCAGAUCAUUUAUCAGCAUAAACUUCCACAUAUUUUUACAUUUUCUUAAUAAUUUUUUUGUGUUUAAAAUCUUGCUGUCAUACUCUUUUGCAUUAAACAAACCCUAUUUAUCAGUGAUGUGAGUUCAUCACUUUACUGCUGCACAGUAUUUUCCAAUUUAGUUUUAUGAACUGCUUUAUGUACGAGUGUCACCAAUGUUGCCAUAUAUAUCAGGUAUUAGACACUUCUAUUACACAGGGAUAAUAUAACAUAACAAACACCCUCCAAUUAAACAGAAAUGCUAUUUAAAUUUAAAUUUUUUUAAUAACAUUUAUUUAGGAAAGAAUACAUUUGUUUCAAAUCUUUCCCCCCAUACUCAGAGUAGUUACUGUGUAUAAUAUGUAUAUACAAUCAGGCUACAUCACAUAUUAUUUUAUCUAUAUUAGUUGGUGCAAAUAUAAAAUAUAAUGAACCAAAUACUGUACUUAAUCAUGCAUAUUGACUGUCAUGCUAGUGGUUUAAGUUCAGCUAUGAAUGUAUAUAAAAAAACAACCAUUACACAGUGUCAGUCAUCUUGUAGGUGCUUUUGAAGGAAGCCUUAUCAAAAAGCUCCACUACAAAACACUGAUAACAAUGUCUGAGUAAAGUGACUUUAAAGCUACCUAAGCCCAUUUUCAUUUGCAGCAGUUCAUGCGCUUCACAAGCAAAAUUUUAAUAAAAUCUUCAUUUUCAUGCUUAUUAUGAUCAUUUAGGUGCGUACGGUGCUCUUUAACGAUGUCCAGAGCUGUUUUAGUGUUGAAUAAAGAUCACGUAGACGUUCGGGGUAGGUUAGCAAAAAAGUUUUGUGUCAUAAAAGUCAAAAAGUAAAUUAAAAUAGAUCUGGAAGAUAAUUUCUGAUAUUUUUAGGACGUGUUGUUGAAGACGUGAAGACAUUAGACAGUGAAGUCAUGUGACACAUGUUGGUGUCGUGCGUUAUUUGAGAACACUUUGGGGUACGCGACACGGUAACAAAGUGGUUAUGGAGAGUAGUUGUUUCAAGGUAAAAAAAAUUUUUUUUUAAAUGUAGAUUUUUUUUGUAAAGAAGUAAACGGAGUAAACGGCAGACAAAGUGGUUGUGCUAGUGUCGUCAAAACAACUCAUCUGUUCAUCCCAAGCUGUGUCAUAGUUUAGGUGCUCAGACUAAACUUCACCUGUACAUAAAUCCUGUAAAUGAAUGUCGGACCACUUUUAUGACAGCUCGAUAAGUAACAUUUAAAUUGUAUCUGAGCUGCUUUAUUGCUUUAUUAUUGCACUGCAUUAGGCUGAUUCAACUUUGAGCUAAUCUGCAGCUCUUAUUGGUCUCUUGUAAAGUAAAAAAAUAACAAAUUAAAGACAUAGAAAGAGCAAAAAAAGAUGCCAAAUUGAGAAUAAUGUCAGUUAGUUGUAAAUAUUUCAGGUAUUUAGCAGUAUUACCAACCAACUGUGGUCUGUCUCUGCAGGUUAACAAAAGCCAUCAGCGCGAGCUUCUCAUCUCAUUCACUGGUCGUUGUGCCUGUUGCUCUGUAGUAGCUGUGAUUUGUGUUUGCUUACUAUUGUAUCCGGACUAUGCAGCAACUUCUACUGGUGUUGGCAAUCGGCGAAUGUGUGAUCGGGUGGUGUGUUUUCAUCUGGUCUGUCUUUGAGUUCUUAAUUUGGAUCAAAUUGAACCACAGGACAAAAAGUGGAAGCUUGAGCCUUAAAGAGAGGAGGUGUUUGCGGUGAGAACAGGGUUCAUAGACGUAGUUGGAGAAAUUUAUAGGUUUGGAAGCUUUUUCAUGUGUUUUGUCCUGAAUGAAUGGCAACAAAAGUUUCAUAAAUGGACUUGUGAAUGGUCAAAUGACAAUAAAUAAACAGAAAAAAUGUUCUAAAAGAUCUAGUUGUGAGCCUGAAAAGUUGGCAAGAAUCAGCACUUCACUGUUUGCAUGUUAAUUUGAUGUAGAUUUGAACCAGAUAAAGAGAUUAAUCUGAUCUCUUCGGCCAAUACAGGUUGCUGAAUAGUCAUAUUUUUGCAAAGCUUUGUUGUGGACUAAACUAAGACUUAAAAACAAAAUGUUAUGCGGUAUCUAAUGUCACUGACGUGCAAAUGUUAAGGGUUUCUAAGUGUUCUAAAUGCAUGUAAACUUGCUGUGUGAUGAGACAAAAAAAAAACAAUGUAUUGUUGAGGAAAAUCAUUCUAGAUAAUGUUUUCCUUUUUAAUACUCAAAUAUUUGAUAUUUCUUUUUUUUUUCUAAAGAAUCCUUUGUAAAACCUAAUUUCUCUAUUUUGUACAGGACAUCUAUGUAAAGACUGUAAAUAGUUCAGCAUCCUGGAUGCAGCAACAAUCAUUAAGGAGGGGAAACAAAAAAAAACAAAUCAUCUUUGAGAGAAAGGUUUAUUUCUUCAGAGUUGGGUCCGAUAUGAUUAAGGCAUGUUUCUGAAGGUUUUCAUCCACCUAUCACUGGUUGUUGGAAUCAA